AUGCUGAACAUGAAUAAAUCCAGAAUAUUUGUGUUUUUAACUGUUUUGAUAUGUUCCAUAAUGAUUGGAGUACGAAGUGUAGUGAUGAUGCAGAGAUAUUUUGAUAGAAAGAGAGAAGUAGCAAAUUAUGUGAUGCAGAAGAGAUGUGAUUGUAUAGAUGGGAAUGCCUGGAUGCAAAAGCAAGUGAUUGGAUGUGGAUUUGUUGAUCUUUCUGAGUUGAAACAGACUGAAUUCUGUAUCUUGAAUAGCAGAUGUGCAGAUUGCAGCGAAUGCCUGUAUCUUGGAGCUAUCCGAGAUAUUCUUGAGUGUGCAGGAUCACUGGAAAAAUCAUGCGGACUGAAUGAAUAUGAGAUGAAAGAUUUGUGUAUACUGCGUGAUGAGCUGAGAUUUGGACUAUGUAUAAACGCACACAAUUCGCCUGGUGAUCAGAUGAUUGAUGAAUUGACUAAGAUUGAUUUGAGUAUUGCAACUAUUCGAGAGUUUUUUGGAUUCUAUAAAAGUAUGAAUAGUUACAAUUCGUAUUAUGACAAAAGAGUGGAAAGGAUUGUUUGCAUGUACUGGCCAGAAAGAAUAGAAUAUGCAGAUUGUAGCUUGUGUAUGAGUGAUAGUGGCUUGAAGAAGAUUGUGAAUUUGAAGAGCUAUGUGAUUCAUGUGAUUUCCAGAUAUAUUGCUAGAUGCAAUGAACAGCGUGAGAGAUGGGACAUAUGCAUAUUGAAUGUGUUGACCAAUAUCAAAGAUAACAUGAAGAAUGUAAAAGAUCCAUCAGGAAUCAACAAAGUGAAUGCACAAGAUAACAUGAAGAAUAGAAAAGAUGCAAUCGAAAUUGGCAGAUUGAAUGUACAAGAUGAUAUCAAGAAUAUAGAUGAAAAUCAUAAAGAUGAAUAUAUUAAGAAUGAACAGAUGAAAUAUGUUGAAUUUGGAGAUAUCCUGAGAAGUUUUUUUUUCUUUGUGUAUUAUGAAGAUAUCAUGAAUGAUGAUGAACUAUUUGAUAAUAAUGAGAAAAUAUUUCUGGGUGAAAAGGGGAAGAGGGAAUUUAGUAGAUUGUUUUGUGAGAGACUGACUGCAUUUAAUGGCACUGACAUGGAAAAGUGUGUUGAAAAUAAUGAUGCUAAUGAGCAUAUUGAGUAUGAAAUGAUUGAAGAAACCAUAAAUGGAUAUUCCAACAUUAAUUCAGGUUAUAUUAUUAAUAAGAGUAAGAAUGCGAUUGAAAAGUAUUAUGAAUGUGUUAUAUUGAGAAUAGUUGAUAAGAGUAGGUUUAGUGAUGCUCUAGAUGUACAUGAAAAAGAAUUUAUUAUAGCAGAGUUGAGAAGAGUGGCCAUUAAGAGAUGUAGAAGCAUAAUAAUGCAUCAUUGUGAAAGGAUUGAGGAGAUGACGAAAGCAAUAGAAGGAGCUGUUCGAAUGAGUGUUACAAUGGGCAAGUAUAUGUGGAAGAUCAAUGAGGCUUUUCAUGAGUUGGAGCAUGCAGAUGAAAUUCCUGAAGUGAAUAGAAGAAGAAUAGCGAAUAUCAGAACGAAACUUGCUUACACUUUAGAAUGCAUUGCAUGCCAUGGAAAGGCAGAUAUGAAUGAUGCUUGUACAAGAGCAAUUGUAAUGCUUCUUGGAUUGCAAAAUGGAGGAUUGGAUAGAACAUAUUUAAAGAAUGUGACUGUAGACAAUGCAGUUGUGGAUAUGCUAAAAAGGACUUUAUUAUGUGAUCGAAGUAUGGCACAUGCAAAUGCAGUGAAAAAGGAAUCUGUGGAAUUGUGGAGAUAUGCUAGUGCUGUUUUAAUGAAGUAUUUUGACGAAUGUGAAGCUGAGGAGAAAGCAAAUGCUAGCCUAGAUAUGCUUGUAUUGAGUGGUAUGAACAACUUGAUUGAUGUGGUUGAUGGAGAUGGAGUAUCUGUAAUUAAUGAAUACAUUAGUAUAAUAAAGCUUGUAGUUACUGAAGUGAUGUGUGAUGAACUGAAGUGGCGCUUGAAGCAUGCAAUCUAUUGUGGAAUGAAAAACAGUAUAAAUCUGAAGCAUGCACUUGAUAAGAGAAGAAGAAUGAUUUCUGAAAUGAUUUCCAUAGCACUCCUUGUGUGUGAUAGUGAUAUGGAGGGUUUGCUUGAUAUUCCUAAUGGCUUUAUAAAGAUGAUAAGAAAGGUUCUUGGCAAGAAUGCAGCAUUUGCUGAAAGGGUAGUAAAAGGAAACAAAUGUAGAAUUCAUUACUUAGUGUUACAGAAGAUUGGAAGUAAGUAUAGUGGAAUUAGAUGUUUAUUUGGAGAUCAUGAGUUUAGACUAGCUGAUGCAGUAAGUAGAGCAGUUGCUGAAUUUAUUGAAACAGAGCCUGGAAUGACGAAAGAAUUGUUUAAUGGAGUAUCAGGAGACUGA